CUGCCGCAUCCCGCUCCCUCCCGCUCGGGCCUCUGCCGCCGUCGCCGCCGCCGCGCCUCCGGGCCCCGUCGCCGCCCGCCCUCUCCGGCCUCUGCGAGGAGGUAACGCGCCCCGGACGGAGCCGCCGGCUCCUGGCCCCCAGGGCCCACCCUCGGCGGUCGCCCUGGGGGGUGUGGCCCGGCCUUGCGGCCUUCUAGCGCGCCCCGUCGCUGCACUUCGGUCCCCUUCCGGAGCCCCGUCGCCGCAUUUCGGCCCCCUCUAGCAACCCUUAGUUUUCCCUCCCGGAGUCCCGGGGACCUGGAGCCGGCUACUCAAGAUGUCCGAGGCUGCAGGAAAUCUCAAUAGUCUCCGCAGGGCGAAUGUAGCCCUGCGAGAAGAAUUAAAUGCCCUCCGCGGGGAGAAUGCCAACUUAGGCCUCCAGCUCGGAAGAGCCCUGGCCGAGGUGAAUUCCUUGCGGGGCCAUGUCUCAAGUUACAUCCGCUGGCCGGUGCCCGCAGUGCCGGUCCUCGCCGAGGAGAACUUUGAGUUCUCGCUCAGCGAGAUAGACGCCGUUCCCGAGGGAGAGCCGCUCGUCUUGUGCUGGCCUCCCCCGUGCGCGGAGCCCGAGUAUAUCUCAGAUGAACUGUUGACUAGCAGGAUCCAUGAUUGCGGCACCCCGCACCGGCCCUUCGACCCUCUUCUGCUGCCCAUCCCGCCCCCGCCCAAGGAGCCACCCCCACAGCCCCCUCUGCCACCGCUGGAGCGGCCCCAGAUAGAGCCCUUUGCGGGCGACCCAGUCUGCCUGGCUGAGUUCCUGAUGCGGCUAGAGACCUUCAUAGCAGACCACGAGGAUCAUUUCCCCGGGGGCGCAGAGCAGGUGGCCUUUCUGAUCUCCUUUUUCGCUGGCGAAGCCAGGGACUGGGCCGUCUCAGUCACCCGGGAAGGAAGCCCCCUGCAUGCCAACUUCCUGCGCUUCCUGGAUGAAAUCCAUAAGGAAUUCUGUGGCCCUAUCCCCCCACGUGCGGCCAAGAAGGCCAUCUGCCAGCUCAAGCAGGGAGACUGUACCAUUGGCAGCUAUGCAGAUGCUUUUCAGUUCCUGGCCCAGUUCUUGCCUUGGGAUGACUGCCACCUCCAACACCAAUUUCUCAAAGGCCUGUCAGACUUUUUCCGGGAGGAGCUCUUAUGGUCACCUGAAAUGGCCACCCUGGAUGAGCUGAUUCUCGAAUGUGUGGAGAUCGAGAGAAAAGUACAGGUCCCCAAGCCAAUCCCACUCCCUGGGGUCUGCGAUAUCUUCUUCCCUUUUGCCGCGAACCCUAACGAUGAAAGGGAAGAUGAAGAGUACCACAGUGAGGAGGAAGAUGAAGAGGCAUGCAGGCAUGGGCUUUACCUGAAGGAGCAGUACAGAUGCAUGAGGGCUUUUUGCCAAGAGAUGAGGGAGAAGGAGGAGGAGGGGGAGGAGAUGAGGCAGAAAGAGGAGGAGGAGGAGGAGAUGAGGCAAAAGAACAUGAAGAAGAAUGAGGAUGAAGAUGAAAAUAAGGAUGAGAAAAAAGAUGAAGAUGAAGAUGGGGGCCAGGAACCAGAGCAGGAGCCAAAGAUGGAGGAGGCUCAUGGAGAAGUCCAGGAGGAGACCCUAGAUGAGGGCCAAGAUGAUGAUCUAGAUGAGCUGAUGGAGAUGGAGGAGCCCCUUGCCCAUACUUCAUCCCAGACUUCCACGCAUGGCAACCAUGCUGAAAAUUUCCUAGAUGUGUCACCUCCCAUAAUACAGCCCGGCAGAUGGAGAAGCCAGAAUCGGGUCCCACUUCUGGAGGGCCUUCUGGGUACCAAUUCACCAUUCUAUAGUUCACCACCACUGAUUUGCCGGGCAGGUCACUUGGGGCAACGCCAAAUUAGAAGACGCCCCCCAGCGCUUUUCCGACUCACUCCGAGACAGGGGGGGCACCGAGCUGCUCGUGGCCGAAUUCGUGUGUGAGUGCUGGGGCGAGACAGCCACCCAGAACACACCCUUUGACUUCAUUUCCCACUGCUGCUGUUGCUGCCACACCUGCCCUAUCCACUGACCAGUGCUUAAGGACAUUCCAGACCUGUAGAACCUGAAGCCCUGCACAACUGAAGACCUGCAGAACUCUAGCUUGUCUUGCAACCAUGACCCAGGAGUAACACGUGCCCCACCAAGGCCACCUGGGGAAAGGAAGGCUCAGCGCUAGCUAUCCUCUUGGCAUGUGCUCUGCUCAGUCCUGCCACAAGCCAGAGAGCAGGCUUCUGGGCCUGUUCCCUUAACUGAACUCGUCACCCUCUUGUAUUUCACCUCUAGGUGUUCCUAACCCUCACCUCUCCUGCAUUUAUUCAACCUGUGUUCUACGGUUGUACCCUCUGACUGGCUCACCAGGACUUCAUCCAGUGUCUCACUGAUCUGCCCCAGUGAUCUAAAGGAUAGGUUCCACAGAACACCUAAAGCCACCGAGCUCACUUACUAGAUAUAAUCCACUGAGCAAGAUGGUAUUAAGAAAUAUACAGAGAAGCCUGCACUUGUCUCGGGCCAUGCCUCCAGCAGAUGGGCCUCGAAGAAGACCCAAUGAGAGUGUGCAAAGCCACAUGUCAAAUGGACAAUUCAGCUGAGAUUUGUACUUAACUGACUAUAGAAGCUGGUUCCACUUCCCUUCCCACAGACCCCCGUAUCAGAUUGUCAAAUCUGGGGCCCUCUCUUCUCACCAUACUGCGCUUGUGGACAUCCCUGGUUGACACAGACCCACGCUGCAGACUCUACCUCUUUCCUUCUAAUUGCCUAAGGGUAGGCAGUCGGGUGGGGGAGGAGGAGAAAGAGAAAGAAGAAGCAACAGCUCACUUAUACAUGGUAAGGAGUGACUCCUUCCCUAGGGACUCUGGUCACCUCCCCCAGGCAGGCCUCGGAUGGCAACCACCAGGCAAAGGUCUUCGCAGGAGACUUUCCAUCAUCGGGGUUCCAGAGGGGAGGCCUAUCUGGCCUUUCCUUCCCAGACAGCCAAAGAGACCAAGGGCCCAAGACCCGUUCUUUAACUUGCCCUUCAACUGAAAGGAUCCCUGAGUUCUGAGAGGAGACAGGAAAUUUCACUCUAUAGAGACUGCACCCACUGCAGCCUCGCUGCUGGGACAGCCUCAUGUUUAUCACACGGGGUCAACCCUUGACCUUUAGCUGUGUUUUGAUUAGACAGUGAAGCUUAAGACGGUGACUGCCUACUGGGAGUUAAUGGGUACAGACAUAGGUGCCCUUAUAAAGAGACCUGCUGCUUACCUGGGGUCCAGAAAAUACUGUUUCUGCAGUGAAAAAUACACACUUAUUGUGUCAGCUCUAGCUGCAAAACGCCAGCCAGAUCCACUGUUGGCCUGAACUGCCCUUCAAUACUGAGCUUUCAGCACAGUGCCUGGCACCUGGGCAAGUGCAGCCAAAGUGUCUGUAGCCAGAGGGAAGAAAAUGAGUAAAUUAAGCCUCUGCUCCUCACUGGAGUCUGACAGGUAACCUCAGACCAGCCUUAGGAUUCUGAGCUUAGAGGCAAGAGGAAGGCGCUAGAGGACGAGGAGUCACAGAAGAAGGCAGUCCAAUGGCUGGUUUCUGGUGAGGCCGCUAUUCAUGAGUGGGAGGUAAGAAACCCUUUCAUUUAUCACACGUAUAUCAGCCUGGGAUGUAUGUGUGUCAGUGAAGCUGGGUUCCCAAUGCUACCUUUUUCCCCUCUGAAGAUAAAAGUAAUACAUGAUCAUUAUAGAAAAUUUGGAAAAUAGAGAAAACCAUCAGGACAGAAAACCCCCAAAGACCCCGAACAUUCAUAAUCCCACCACACAGGUGCAAGCAUUAUUAACUCUUUGCUGCCUUUCUUUGCAAUGCUGAGAUCAUCCUGCAAGUUCAUCAGCAGGUUUUAAAAUGGCUGCCACUUAUGUGGUCAGGCAUGCAGAAUAAUUUAUUUAAGCAUUUCUCCUAACUUCUGAGACCUUUCACUUCUGUCUGGUACCCUAUCCCCCAACAGUGCAGGAGUAACCAACUUCGUAAAGAAAAUGUUGUCUUUUUUUUGCCUUAUUUCCUCAGGAGAGACCCUGAAGGGGAGUGGCUAUUUUUUUCAGGCUGUGGACCCUGCUUGCUACCUACGUCCCUGCUGGAGAAGUACAAAGUACAAGUAUCUGGCACCCCCACUUCCAGGGACCCUUCAGCAAAGGCCCUGCCUUUUUCCAUGGUGCUUCUCACCUAGAUCCCUUGUCGCCUGGGUCAGGCAAGGAGCAUAGGAGCAGUGAGCUGUUUUCUGGCCCUCUGGGGGUGGGGGUGGGGGUGGGGCAUGGGCUUCUUUUUACC